GUUUCCGUUGCUGUGGAGCCGAUUGUAUGAGAAGCAAGUCGUAAUAGAAGCAAGACGAUGGCGACGACAGAGAGAAAUAUUCUGGACGCCGGGGAGAACACGGUGGAGAUGGAAGCCUUGGAGGAGGACUUCGCAGUUUCCAACUCCUCUGAUGCAGACGCAGCGUUUGAUACAGUCAUUGGGAACAUCGAGGACAUCAUCAUGGAGGAGCGUUUCCAGCAGCUGCAGCAGAGCUUCAUGGAGAAAUACUACCUGGAGUUCGAAGACUCAGAGGAGAACAAGCUGAGCUACAUGCCCAUUUUCAAUGAAUAUAUUGAGCUGCUUGAGAAGCACAUUGAGCAGCAGCUGGAGGAGAGGAUCCCAGGAUUCAGUAUGAACUCAUUCAUUCAUUCACUGCAGCAGCACAAAGAUGAAGUCUCUGGGGAUAUCUUUGACAUGCUGCUUACUUUCACUGACUUCCUUGCCUUCAAAGAAAUGUUCGUGGACUACAGAGCUGAGCGGGAGGGCCGAGGACUGGAUCUCAGCUCAGGAUUGGUGGUUAAGUCUUUAAACCCCGCCUCCUCUGUCCCCUUCACCACGUGCACGACAUCACGACUUCAGUGACCCCCCAAGAACGGCUCGGAGGGAACACCCCCACAUGCGCAUACACACGCACACACAUACAAGAGGGUUUCACUCCAUUUUCAAACUGUUCACCGGAUUACCUUGUUCUAAGUGAGUCUUGCUGUUGACACCUGCUGCCUGUGUCAGGUGAGGGCAGGUGGCUCCACACACAGAGAUGACGUCAUUCCUGGUCCUGGCGCGUGAUUGGCUGGGGGGUGGGGGUUUGGGGACUGUGUGAUGGUUAAGCGUAGCAUCAGUUUCUGUGUGUCUGUGGAGAGUGCUAGUCUUCAGUGUUUCGUGCUGUUUAACAGGAGUGACUGAUGCUUCGGUUCUGCCGUGUCUGUGUCCAGUGGCUGCUCGUUAGGGGGCAUCGGGGAUUCAGAAGCGGGGGUUUCUGCAGGGAGGAGACUCGGCCUGCAGACUCGGCCUGCUCUCACAGUGCUGUGAUGUGCACGGUGGUGUAAUUAGAGGGGACUGGGGUAGAUCUCGCACCACUGUGGUUGCAGUGAGAGGUUCAUUUUUAACCGUUUCAUUAAUUUCAUUCACUGUUUCAGCCCGUUGCUGCGGUCUGAUCGAAAGGACCUCUGUAGCACUGACUCACUGACCUCCGUCCCACACGGCUGGCAGUCUCUGUGUCCUGUUGGUUUGAGCCACUUUUAUAAAUAUUGCUGUAUUUAAUUCUUAGUGUUUUAAUGUUUGCU